AUGGCGGAAGAAGAGAGUGAAUUUGAGUUAGAGGGUUUUAAAAAAGAAUUGGAGAGUUUGUUUGUCAGUAACUCAAGUGAAGAAUACGGACUUCAAAGCAAGUUAUACUGUUUACGGUUCUGUAAGUUGGUGGAGGUGUAUUCCGGACGAUGGCAGGUACCCUUGCCACAGCUGCAGGUGCUCCAGACUGCUCUAUGUUCCUUUGUCCAAGCCUCGGCCUGCUUCCCGUCUGACUGUGAACAUGUAUGCUACACACUGAGUAGCCUUGCCCUGAGUGCUUUUGAGCUCUUGCUGUUUUUGAACAGGAAUAAGAUCCUGCAGGAUCCCUUGAAAAAUGUCCUUGAUUCGUUCCAGGAAUGUUUUUCCCAGCUGGAGAGGCACCAGAACAUUCACCUGCUCCAGGUGGGACAGAUCAUCAGAGAGAAGGGUCCGUGGACCAACCCCAUAUUACAGGCCAUCCUGAAGGACUCACAACAGCCCCGGGAUGAAGUGGACCGGUACCUAGGCUCAGAGGUGCCAGUGUUCUUCGAGCUGCGUGUUCGUUACCUGCUGUCCAGUGAGAUGUUCACCGAGGCUGUGGUCUUGGCUAAGACCUGCUCUCAGCACCCUGUUGCCGGACGACACCUGUUCUUCAGACAGGCCUACCUCACCUGUCUCUUGAAGGCGUCGCUCCCUCACCAUAUGCACGAAGAGAUGUCUGACAUCGACGGUAAGGAUGCUGUGGAUAUCGUGUGUAACACAGAGAGUGAGGAGAGCGACGAGACGCUUUUGGCCCUCUGCACAGCCUUCCUCGCUCAGCAACUACACAGAGGAGACAUGUACUGCAUGUGGGAUUUGGUGUUCGUAUGGAGUCGACUCCAUCUGCGGGUCAAGCCUUCCAAGCAGGCCUUCCUGGAAGAGAGUCACCGGUUGAUGCUGUCCGCCACCAACAUCAGAUCAAUAUUCUCUUUCAUCAGAGUGAUCCUUGCAGAGCUAGGAAAGGAUGGUCUCCAGUUUUGUGUGGAGCUCUGCACCCACUCCCUCCAGACGAACCCCUGCGACGACGCCACCAAGUCCCUCAUCUACAAGACGGUAGCCUACCUCCUCCCCAACGACCUGGAGGUCUGCCGGGCCUGCGCCCUCCUCGUCUUCUUCCUGGAACGCACCGUGGAGGCCUACAAAACGGUGUUCCUCCUCUACACGCACCCCGACCAGGAGUACCACGCCGAAGCCGGUCCCAUCGGGAACCACAUCCGCUUUGAGAUCCUCCAGACCCUGAAGAGAGGUCUCUACUUCGAUCCAGAGUUCUGGAACCUUUUGAAUCUCCGGACCAACUGCCUGAAGCUGAUGAGCGAGAAGAAGGCGGAGUUGGCGAUGAUGAUGAUGGAGGAGGAUGAUGGGUGGGUGUCCAACUACUGCAGCACCGCCACCAAAGAGCCCUGUUGCAGCUGGAGCGCCGACCUGUCAGAGCGUGUGCAGCCUACACAUGUAGAGACUAAACCAGUACAGACUAAACCAGUACAGAAACACGUUCAGAUUAAACCCUUUCACCAGGUAACGGCGCCCAAAAGGCGGUUCCAAAAAGAAGAGAAGAAUCACGGUUCCACGGCGCCAGCGGCAGCCAAACGUGUCAAAGCUCAAAGGUUGGAAAAGACCUCUGUUGUCGAGCCGCAGCAGCUGCCUGUUAAUCAUGUGACGCCGGUGACGGCGAAAGCUAAGAUAGAGAAGCUGGCUGAACCCCCUGUUGUCGAGGAACAACCUGUAAUAAAAAGAAGAGGGAGGAAGCCAGGGCCAAAGCCGGGACCGCGGUCAUCUGUCAAAACAACAGAGUCGUCAGCCGAGACCUCCUCUGUCAGACGGUCCUUCAGACAACUGGACAUGGCGCAGGAGAACCUGGCCAGGCAAGUCGGUCAUAGACCACAUAGGCACAUGACCAGACUCUCGGAGAAGAAACCUCCCAAACGGAGGGGUAGGAAACCCCGUUGGCUACUGGAGGGUACGUUUCAGGCUGAGAACAGUGCUCCCCGGAAGGGUCGCCAACCAGGGAGGAAACCUCCACAGCAGAAGACCCAGCAGACACCAGUGGACAAGACCAAUAAGACUUCUCAGUCUGGUGCCGCUGUCAAGGAAAGCACAACCAAACAAAAGAAUGCCGUGACCUCACAGAAUAAAAUGGCGGGCGCUCGUCUAACAGCUCCGAGGGAACAGGAAGGUAAACGUCAGAAGGAGAUUCCUGCUACUAACCACCUACCAGCAGUAUCUCCUGCUCAUGACUCAAAGCUGGAGGUCUCCCUACCUGACAACGAAAUAUUUGGGUUCUUCCAUGAGGAUUAUCUCAGUAGGCAAGGACCGGUGACUCUAAACUGUGAUAAAUCUAAGGCACCAAUCCAGGCACAGUAUCGGGUGAAGGAUCGACUCGGAGAGGUGGUUAUCCUUUCCCCUCAGAAUGCCAGUCUCUUCAUACACCAGUUGCACAACUACGCCCAGACGCCGAAGGCGGAAGGUGUCACGUUGAAUACCGAAACCUGUUUGUUGAAAGCGACAGAUGUCCGUCCCUCCCUAAACCAAAGUUGUCUGCCGGUGUCGUGUGACGCUUCGGGGGUAUUUUACCAGACGUCUCCAGUGGAAAUGGAAGUUGAGGUCUCCUCACAAACUGUCCAGGCAACCGCCACUGAUAUGACUUUCACACCACAAGGUGGAGCUGUCGAACACAUCGAAAGACCCAAGAAUGAGGAAGGAUUCUCUACUGAUGCUCAGCAAACAUGUACUCCAUCUGUUCUCGCAGUGAAUGUCAUUGUUCCUAAUAACACAGGAAGAAGAACAAAUACGGAUGUAACUGAUGUUCCAAGGGAACCAACGGAAGUUACGAAUAUUCCAAAAAAGCAAACCGCUUCUGAAGUCAGGGAUAUUUUAGAAUCGUCCAGGAAGUCCGAAGUUACUGAUAUUCUGAAAGAGGCUAUGGAUAUAGCAAACAUUGGUGUGGAUGAAGCAAUGAUGGAUGACGGUGACACUGGCAGCGUCCCUGGAAAGGAAACUCGGGAGCUUGUUGUUCUUACGCCUUUCUGCUGGCUGGCUAAUACCUCAAUGGAUGCGUUUGCCAAAGAGUUUGAAAAGUUUGCCAAGGGUCCGGAUUCUGAUGUUGUCGUAAAGCAGGAGUCAGUGAUACCACAUACCACAGAUAAUGUCUCGCACAAAAAGUUGGAGAUGACAUUGUCAACGGUCUUACCACAGACCACAGAUAAUGUCUCGCACAAAACCUUGGAGACGACAUUGUCAACGGUGUUACCACAGGCCACAGAUAAUGUCUCGCACAAAACCUUGGGGAUGACAUCGUCAACGUCUCCAAAAGUCAUCCCUAAGGCCGUCACAGACCCAGUGGUCCUUGAACACACUUCAAAAGUAACCAAAGUCCAGGACACCCAACUGGACAUUAAGGGUACCUCACAAAACAUGGAGCCGGAGGAUAUCUCAAUGGCCGCUGAGAGCUUCCCACAGUUCACUGAUGAGACCCGGCAGCUUGAGCACCCCCUGAAAGCCACUGUGGGUACUCCAGAGGACCCUGUGGACUCGACACAGGACAAUGACACCCCUCAGAUCACUGAAGCCCCCCCACAGAAUACACAGGACAUAGGACAACUCCCAGAGGACACCCUGAAAGUCACUUUCACUGAAGUCACCCCACAGGCUACUGAGGACUGCACAAAAGCCACUGUGGAUACUCCAGAGACUGUGGACACACUACCACAGAACAUAGAGGAGGACAGCUUGGAGGUAAUUGAGGAUGCCCGGAAAGUCACUGUAGACAGCCAGGAAGUCACUGUAGAUACCUCCGAGCACAUUGAGGAUGCCCUACAAAUACAAAACACUGCAGACACCCUACAGGGCACGCCACAGCUCACAGUGGAUGCCCCAAUGGUCGCUGAAGAGCUCACCAAGAACACACGUGGUGCCAAACAGAACAAUGGGGACACGCCAAAGCUGCAUGAGGACACCCUACAGGACACACCUGUCACUGAGGACACCCCAGGAGUCCGUGAAGAGACGUCACAGGAACCCAAAGAUACCUCAAAGGUCAGCGGAGAUACCCCGAAGGUCUCUGAGGACAUCCUUAAAGUACAUGUGGAUACUCAGAAGGUCCCAGAGGACACCCCACAGAACACACAAGUCAAUGAAGACACCUCAAUGGUCACUGAAGAUACCCCACAGGACACGCAGUACAAUUCACCGGUCACCCCGAAAGUCACUGAAAGUGCUCACACUCCAAAGGUCACCCCAAGAGUCCCUGAAGACACGUCACAGGACCCCAAAGACGCCUCAAAAGUCACUCAAAACUCUCCACAGAAAACACAGGACACCCCAAAAUUCACUAAGGACACCCCAACUGUCUCUGGGGAUAUCGGACAACAUCCCGGAGAUGGCACUCCACAGGAAAAUGAGAACAACCCACUGGCAUAUCGCUGUAGUCUCUGCAACAAGGUUUUCAAAGGCAAACGUGUUAUAGCCCACGCCAUGUACCACUUCCGCAGGGACCAAUGUAUGUUCUGUAGGAUGCUGUUCAAAAACGACCUGCUCGCCAUGAUGCAUCUAUCCCAACACAUCGACAAGUUGAAAAAAGGAAACCUACCGCCUGAUAUUGAGGAGGUUCGUGAGAACUGUAAAGCUGGGAUGUCAGACACGCCUGGACGUUCAACGCAGAGGGGGAGACGGGGACGCAAGAGGAUCCCUGUAAACUCCUCAGAGUCAACUCCUCCGGAUUACAGGAAGCUACGGUCGACCAAUAGGAUCUCAACUGACUCUCAACCUUCACCAGAGACUAAACUCGCAACAGAAGAGUCUGAAGGCAAGCAGUCGACGCAGAGGGUCAAUGGACAGAGGGGCAGAAGACGAGUUAAGGUUGAAGGAACUGAGGGUGAUGGUGAUGCUCGGGCAGAGGAACAAGAAAAGAUCAGUAGGAGGCAAGAGGAGGAGCACUCGGCUCCGGAACAGAGGGAGGAACCCGUGGCGAUCUCUACUUCUCCGGCGACGACAUCGACAGGUGAACAAGGGGGAACCUAUUCCUCUCCUGUGAUGAAGACUUUGGAAGAAGAGGAGAAACCCUGUUCCUCGGCAAAGACCAUGGAGGACAACGCAGAAUCUCAGCCUGUAUCGGUAAAACAGGACAGGCUUUCAGUUUCCCCUCUAGAGACCUCAGUUCAGGGUAAAGAGACUCCCGGCAGCUGCCCUGUGGAGGGAUGCACAGAGAUAUUCACUGGAAAACGUCAUUCUCUCCUCGGACAUAUUCUGGACGAUCACCGCGGCGACGCCAAACCCUUGGAAACGACGUUCCGUCACGGGAAUGGAAAAUGCAAUAUUUGCAAGAAGCCCGUUUUGACUUUGCAGCAUUACCAGCACCACAUUGUAUGGCACGGAGGAUAUCCCAGGCAUCCCUGUCUACAUGAUGGGUGUAAAGCCCGGUUCAGUGCAGCGACAGAAAUGAGGAACCACGCGAAGACCCACCAGCCCCUCCUGGCAGUGUGCUGUUUCCCAGGUUGUCGGGAGCGCCUGGCUUGUCUUCCGGAGCUGAACCGCCACGAACAAGAACACUAUCGUCUUCCGAAGGAAGGGAAGGAUGAAUCUGUUUUCGCUACCCUCGUCACCAAUACCACCUCUGUAAAAGUGACUAGACGGUGUAAGACGAAGAGGAAUAAGCUACAGAAGAUGCAGGGUGUAAAGAAACGAUGGCCUCUUGGAGAAAAGGAGGGAUCGGCAACUGACCUCACUACUACUACUACUACUACUGUAAAGGUAACCAGGAAGUAUGACUUGACCAAGACGUUGAAGAAAACACAGGUUAUAAAGAAACGGAAUGUUCAUAGAGACAAGGACCCUCGUACUACUGACCUCUCUACCGUCUCUGUAAAAGUAACAAAUAAGUUGAAGAAAUUGCAGGUUAAGAGGAAACCGUGUGUUGGUAAGAAAAUGGACGCUCCAACAACUCCAGUCACCACGGCCAAUGAAAAGGCGGAAAAAGUGAGCAAGAAGUUAAAGAUGAUUCAUAAGGUAAAGAAAGCGUGGGCCGUAAAGAGAGAGAACGUUAGCAAAGACAAUUAUACCCCAACUGGUCCAACCACCUCCGCCACAAUUACCGCCACUGAAAAAGUUACCAAAAAGCUACAAUUUUUAAAUAAGUUGAAGAAAAUGCUUGUUAUUCAGAAACCGAACGUUAGCAACGAAAAGGAUACUCAACCUGGUCCAGCCACCGACACGAAAGUGACAAAAAAAUCUAAGGUGACCGAUAAGUUAAAGAAAACACAACUUGUAAAGAAACCGAGUGUUGGAAAAGACCCCAGGAAGAUGUCAGCUGUUAGCACAGACGAGGAUACCCAACCUGUUCCUCCCACCGUCGCUCCAACAGUCACCGAGAAGUUACCCAUGGUGACAGAGAAGGUGAAGAAAACACAAGUUCUAAAGAAACAAAUAGUUAUCAAGGAACCCAAGAAGACAUCAAAAAAGCCCUUGAAGUCAAAGACCUCUGGUCCAGAGAAAGAUGUUAAUAAAGUCACAGACGUGCUGGGAAGUAAAGACAUAGAAGUGGUAGAAAGUAAAUCAAAGGAAGAAGAUAAUAAACCAUCGGUAGAAACAUCAGACUCGACAGCUAGCAGUGUCUGUGACCAGAAGAUGGUUAACGGACAUUUAAAGGUCAUCACUAAAGAAUCACCAAAAUACCAGAAAAGUCUUAAAACAAGCACAGUUUCCAAAUCAAAGAAAUGCGAACCACGAAACCAUAAGCCUGCUACUCCCAAAACCCCUACAAAUACUUCCAAAACCCCUACAAAUACUUCCAAAACCCCUACAAAUACUCCCAAAACACCUAGAAAUACUCCCAAACCCCCUACAAAUACUCCCAAACCCCCUACAAAUACUCCCAAAACCCCUAUCAAGGAGGAAGCGAAAAACUCUACAUUCUUUGGGAAGAUUAACAACAGGCCAUACAUCCGGCCUCCGCCCACGGCCUACCUAGACGAGAGGUACACCACCAUGCCAAAACGCAGGAAAGAGAUGUCCUGGACCACUCGUCUCUCUCCAAUGCGCCCGGACCUGGUGGUGGAGGCAUCGGGGACCACGGCUACACCGUUGGUCUGUAGGAGGCGCUGUGCCAAGUGUUUCUUAUCCUUCGACAGCGGAGAAGAGUUGCAGACGCACCUCUCGCUGAAGAAAUGCACAACCCUUUUCGGUUUCGACUCGGACGAGGAGAGUAGCUGGUGAAGCUGAUGGACAAGAGGACAUGAUUGGAUGUGCUGCUAUGGAAGGGGGGUGUGGGGGAUGUUGAUCCCCCUCCAAAAACCUGCUAGGAGUGUUGAACCCCUUUCUACCCUGCUACCUUACUGAGGGACGACCAGGGUUUACAGGACUCUUAACAUGACUUGCUGGCUAGUCUGGAACAGCCAUGCCAGGCCUCCUCUUGUGACUGAGGCUGGCUAGUCUGGGACAGCCAUGCCAGGCCUCUUGUGACUGAGGCUGGCUAGUCUGGGACAGCUACAAACAGAAGACACCUCUCUCAACCCUGCUACCUUAUUGAAGAGGAUUCUUAAAGCGUUAACUCUUACAUGACUUGCUGACUAGCCUGGUGGGAUGUGACUGAAGUUGGCCUCGGCGGCUACAAACAGAGGACGGAGAACACUAUUAAGGGUUGUGACCAUUCUUCCAUGCUCUGUCUCCCGUGGUCAUAGGAGUAACCUACGACCUUUGAACCCUGACCUAAAAUCCAAAGUUCAGGGGAUUUUGAUUGAUCGACCAGGAAGCGUCUCUAAAGCCUAAAGGACUUAUGAGGCGGACACUAUGAGACCCGGCAGGAUGGUCGGAUAGUUAAUAUAUUCUAUGUUUUCAUUUGUUUUUACCGUAUUUACUUUGGACUGAAGAAGUGCCUGGAACCAACCUGCUACUUCCUGCUUCUCUUCUAUUGGUCAAUGGUCUAGGAGUUUGUGUCCUAAAAUGGCAUAUUAUUCCCUCUAUAGUGCACUACCCUAUGUGGGCCCUGGUCAAAAGUAGUGCACUAUAUAGGGAAUAGUGUUCUAUAGGGCCCUGGUCAAAAGUAGUGCACUAUAUAGGGAAUAGGGUGUCAUUUGGGCCACGGAGACUUAUUGCCGGGGGUCAAGGAAUGACUCUUGAAGCUGUGAGAACUGAUGUUAUGCAGGGAUGUUAACUAUACAAAAUGUUCAGAUAUUUAACACACUAAAAAAAAAAAAAAAAAAUA